AUGCUCUUCCUCCUCGCCCUCACCGCCGCCAGCCCACGCGACACCACUCCCCCCGCCACCGGGCCCGCCGACGGCUGCGGCGGCAGAACGCUCUACGACAUCAUCUGGGGGUGUCUGGUCACCAUCUUCGCCUGCGUCUGGGUGUCGGUGCACCCAAACGUGCCGCCGAAACCCGCGGUUGCGGAGCCCUCGCACAACAGCAGCAUCUGGACGCGGGUUUUCUGGAAAAUACGGCACGGCACACUUGCCUUCCGCGCGCGGCUGCAGCUCAUGCUUGUCGGCAUUCUGGCGCCGGAGCUCAUCGUAGGGCUGGCGCUAAGACAGCGCGCGAUGGCGAAGGAGUUCUCGGAAGUAUUCAAAGUGUCUAUGACCCACGGAUUCUUCAUCGGGAUGGGCGGAUUCGUUGACAUCAACGGCCACCCGCUCGUGUCGAGUAAACAAUUCACGGGCCGCUCGCUCACGUUGUGGGCAAGGGCCAACUACCUCACGAACCGCACCUUCCCCGCGCUCGGCGCCAUCCAGCGCGUCCCUCGGGGCGCUCUUACCGACAAGAGCAAAGGCGACGUGUACAGCAAGGCCAUCGCACUCAGCCAGUGCCUCUGGUUCGUCCUGCAAUGUCUUGCGCGGGCAGCGCAGCACCUCCCGCUGACCCAACUGGAGGUCAUCACGCUCGCGUUUACCGCGCUCAACUGCUUCACGUGGGUCUUGUGGUGGGACAAGCCGCUUGAUGUCAGCGAGGCCAUCGUGAUCACCUACGAAGCUGCGCGCGACCCCUGGGACCAGGACUCGAUAGAGUCUGCACCCACCGCGGAACCGUUGCAGGCGAGCCGGCGGGCGAGGUUUCUCCGCAUACUGGGCUUCCCCUUCGGCCCCGCCGACGACCUCUUCCGGCCCGAGACCGCCGCUAGCGUGCCCACUUUCUGGUACACCGUCUGGGACGACAUCUCCUUCACGCUGGAGGGGCGCUGCUUGCUGCACGAGUUCCUCAUUGCAGGCCUCUUCGGAGCCAUCCACUGUGCCGCCUGGCGCGGGCGCUUCAAUUCCUCCCCGGAAAUGUGGCUCUGGCGCGGGGCGGCGACGGCGCUCGCGGCGAUCCCGCUCGCGGCGGCUGCGCUGCUUUUCGUGGGUGAAGAUGGAGUAAGUCGUGAUAUGAAGCUCACGUUGCGGAUGAGCAAUGCGCAGACGACAUAUACGCGACUCGCGGCUUUUGUUUUGUGGGCGCUGCUGCUCUACAUCCCUGCAAGACUUGCCACGCUGGUCCUCCCGCUGAUGGCCCUGCGAUCCGUCGAGCCUGCAGCUUUUGUGGACGUCAAUUGGACGAUGUAUAUUCCCCAUGUGUAG